AUGAGAAUGGCAUCGUCGUCGUCGGCAUUUAUGGUGAUCUGCUUCCUGCACUCGGUGAUAGCGAUGACGUGCGGGGCGUUGAUGAUGUUCUACAUGAAGGAGGUCUACACGUUUGGCCACGGUGUUCAGGCUGCCACCAAGCUCUUGGGAUCGACGCCGCACGACCAGCUCCUCAUCAAGACCUCCGACUCCUUCUCCGGCCUUCUUCUCGUCGCCAUUGGCUUCCUUCUCUUCAUGGUCUCCUUCGUCAGGGACCGCGAUUUUCAGGUCUUCUUCGCCAAGGGCUGCACGCUUCUCCACUUCUUCAUGGCCAUGUGGAGGAUCUACUUCGAACGCAAAGUGGAGGAUCUCGCCUGGGAUUGGCUCCGCCAGACUGUCGGUGACCUUCUCUUGGCCCUCUCAUGGGUCUUCUUCCUUGUUUACUCUUGGAGGGAGAAGUAUGAUUAG